AUGGCAGUUGAUGGAGUUGCACCGCGAGCUAAAAUGAAUCAACAACGUAGUCGACGUUUUCGAUCAGCUAAAGAAGCUGAGGAGAAUGAAAAAAAAGCGAGAGAGAAGGGAGAAGCUCUUCCUAAAGAAGGAAAGUUCGAUUCAAAUGUGAUCACUCCUGGAACUGGCUUCAUGGUUAGACUUGACAAACAGCUGAGGUAUUUUAUUAACAACAAAAUCACCCACGAUGAUGCUUGGCGAGGCAUCAAAGUCUUUCUAUCGGGACACGAGACUCCUGGAGAAGGAGAGCACAAAAUCAUGGAAUACAUUCGUCACCAGCGUACUCUUCCUGAGCAUGAUCCUCGAACUCGUCAUUGUCUCUACGGACUUGAUGCGGAUUUGAUCAUGCUUGGCUUGGCUACUCAUGAACCGAACUUUUCUCUCUUACGAGAGGAAAUUCAGUUCACUAAAUCGAAGGAUAAAAUGAUGCGCGACUAUAUCCAUCAUGAGUUCAAGAAUCUGCGGAGCUCUCUUGCAUCCAGAAAAGAAGCCGGAGAAAUACAGAUCGAGUACGACUUGGAACGACUUAUCGAUGAUUGGGUUCUAAUGGGUUUUCUUGUUGGAAAUGACUUUGUUCCGCAUUUACCGAACAUGCACAUCAAACAAGAUCACUUGCCUGUUCUGUAUAGAUGUUACACAAAGGUUGUACCGAAACUGGGAAAAUAUCUAACUGAGAGAGGCUCAAUUGAUCUGGAUGUACUGGAAGAGUUCUUCUUUGAACUCGCUGAGAAUGAGCGGGAACAAUUCGAAAAUUCUCAGGCUGAUGAUAAAUACUUAGCCGGUAAAAGAUCCAUGAUGAAAGAAAGCCAUGGUAGCGGUGCGACUGCUCACGGUCCUCGUAUCCAGAAAAAGUUAGAUGAAUUGGAAGCACUAGCAUUAGAGCAAGAAGAGGAGGGGCUCUUCGAGGGGGACACGACGCAAGGUGAUUUGGUUCCGAUCGACGCUCGAGAAAUCGGCACUGACUUCGGCAUCUGGGACGACGUUACGAAGCAGGAGUUCGUUGACUAUAGAAACUCGUAUUAUCACGCGAAGUUUAACAAACGAUUGACGAAGGACUUCCAAUUUACCAUGAAAAAUGAGUACAUCCGAGCUCUUCAGUGGAUCAUGCACUACUACUACAAUGGUGUUCAAUCGUGGGGCUGGUACUUUCCUUUCCACUACUCGCCAUUUAUUUCUGAUCUUGUUAACUUGAAAGAAUGUAAUCUCAAAUACGAUUACGGUAAACCCUUCCUUCCUUUCGAGCAACUUCUGGCUGUCUUACCAGCGUCAUCGGGAAAAGUUGCCUUGCCGGAAGUCUUCCAUAGUUUGAUGGAUAGUCCUUCUUCGCCAAUUAUUGACUUUUAUCCGACUGAGUUCGAAACGGACCUCAACGGGAAAAUGCAAGAUUGGGAAGCAGUCGUUCUCAUUCCUUUCAUCGACGAGAAUCGACUGUACGAAGCGAUGAAGCCUGCACUGGCAAAAUUAAGUCCUUUCGACAAAUGCAGAAACAUUCACAGCCCGUGCAAUGUGUUCGAAUAUGACCCGAAAAUUGAACCUUACCAUUACCCGUCUCCGAUUCCCGAGAGUUUUCCCCAUUUGGAAGCUUGCAGAUCAAAGUCGUAUGAAGUCCCCACUCAUGAAGGCAUCUGGAAAUUGAACUUGGAAGCUGUUCGUUAUGGCCUCCUAAAGCCGUCGAUGGAGCUUCUUCGUCCUGGUUUCCCAACACUUUUUCAUAUCGAGCACUACGCAGAGCUCGAGCGCAAUGGCGUCAAAAUUUUCAAUAUGGCUUCGAGAGGAGAAAACAUGAUGCUCUACAUUGGAAAGCAUCUUCCUGAUUCCGACUGGUGCAAGAACAUACCAAAAACAAUGCAAGAUAUGUGCAAAAAAUGGCUUGGAAAGAACGUCGCUGUUGGCUGGCCUCACUGCUACAGCGCAAAAGUUGUAGAAGUUUCAAGUGUCAAGCACCGCGCCUAUUUCAAGAACACGGAUGAAAGGAAGAACGUUGUUGGUAUUUCUGAUAACAAUAAAUUUGGAUUCGAGCAACAGCUUGGCAUCGUUGAAGACGCGCUGAAGGAGAGAUGGGGGAUUUCACUCGGAGAGACUGAUUAUCUGAUCCAUGCGAAGCCAUUGAUCGGACGAAAAGUGGUCUAUUCAGGAUCUAAGCCUAAGGUGGAAAAGGUUUUCGGCGAUGUUCAAGUGUACCCGCUGCAAACUUGUGUCCGCGAAUUGACUACUGAAGAACCAUAUAAAAAGAUCCACGAUGUUGGUGGUCUCUUUACAGCGGAUAAGAGAGUUUUCUGUCUGUCCCCUAAAUUCUAUGGUUGUUCCGCAUUAGUAACGGGAAUCAACGAAGACGGUCUCGUUUCCGUCGAAGUUACACAGCACGAACACAUCGAUGUCGAAGUUGCACGGCAAUCAGCCACCCCUGAGGGGGAGCUGAAAUGGUUUCCUGGUUGGAGAGCGGCCCAAGCUACUGGAAUAAGUUCUUACAUGGUUUCCAGAAUAACUGGCCAUUUCUAUGUUGAUAUGCCAGGCGAGAAGAAUCAGCGUCGAAACAUUGGACUUAGCUUGCGAUCGAACAAAGGCAAAGGGAUGGAAGCUCCAGGAUUUACAAUGAAGAAGGAAGAGGAAGAUAAUCGCAUUGAAUGGCUGUAUUCGUCGGCGCUUAUUGAUUGCUUGAAUAAAUAUAUCGAUGAAUACAGAGAAGUUUUCGACAUUCUGCACGACAAAUUCGAUGCAGGUGACGGAAGAAACAACUCUUCAGUCGAGAUCACUGCCAGUGACAUCUUCCCAGACUCCGAGAAUGUGAACAAAAACAUUGACGAAUUGGCUAAAUUUAUAAAAACCCUGGAGUGCUCUCAGUCACCGACUGUUGAAUGUGGCAUUGAGCGCCUUUCGAAGACGGAAAUCGACGCUCUCGUCAAACUCGUUGACCAUGCUAAGGCGAAUGAAACUAAAGUUGUCCUAAAGAAGAACUUUUCCCCGAAGCUUUUGUACGCGCACGUUGAUGGAGUAGGCAGAACUGAUCCAGAUGGGAAGACGAAGUUUACUCUGUGGGAUCGGGUCGUGAAUUGUCGCGGCGAUACAGCUGUUCCUCUUGGUUGGCAAGGAACUGUCAUUGGGACAAUUCCUGAGAAGGCAGCUACAACAGGUGUAGGCUCUUCAAUUCAGUCGCCAAUGUGCAACAUUCUUUGGGACAAACCAUUCAUGGGCGGAUCAAAUCUCAACGGCAUGUGCCCUCCCAGAAGAGGAUACCGCCUUCCAGAGUUCUGUCUUCUCAAUUUGAACAAAAAGAGACAAGCUCAAAAUCGGGAACAGAAGACUCGCAAGGGCACCGAAAAGAAAAAAGUUCAAAUCCAUAAACGCCCUAGUGAGAGCGGAGAUGGAUUCUCUACAAUGCCCGCCGACUUCAUGUCGAAGCUGAAGCAGAUUGUUCCCAACGCUCGCAUGGAAAGUGGCCAAAAACAGGCUGUCCUCAAACCUGAACCUAUCAAACCAGCUCCACAUGUUGAUCCGAGCAUCAUCAGUUCCCAACAGAUGCCGCCGACUAAUGUUUUCCAGAACCAGCAGGUCCGAAUGCCGAUCAAUCCACUCGUUUCCCCUCAAGGAGUGAUGCAUCACCAGAAGACCAUCCCACCUCAAGUGAUGAACCAACCACGAGGACCAGCAAUGGUGCCAACUCAGAUCAUGGCGAACCUCAACUCUCGGCAAAUGAUGGGGAUGAAUAAGUCCGCGAAUAAAAAUGGAAACAAACGACCAGAUCGACAAGUCUACAACCCAGGAAACAGAAGCCAGGCAAGCUCAAAAAUCGCUGAAAACGCUCUGAAAAGUGUCUUAAAAAUUGGACGAAGCUCUGGUAGCCCCUUCGAGUCUCCAGCAGCCUCAAACAAUGGAUCAAGGAACUCAACUCCAACAGCUAAUGUUGAGGCCAACGGGUCAGAAACAAAUCGACCAAGAGAAGUGAAAGAAAACGUCGAGCGCCUCCCCAUUGGUCCUCCUGAUAACACUACAAAGGGUUUCAAAAAAGCAUUCAUUCGAUCGCCCAGAUCUGAAACACAUGGAGCUGAAAACAUUGAUGAUCAAACUGCGAAGGAAGAAACUAAACGAGGAUAUUGGGAAGCUGGCGAACCCUUGCCUGAAAUGAUUCAGCAAUACAUUGCUCUCAAGCAAAGAGAAGCAAGAGAGAGAGCUGGAGUAGUGGGAGAGCCGGAAGCACCUGCUCAAGAAGAAAGAAAGAUUACGGAAGAGGCAAAUGAGGUCGAUGCUCAGGCGGUUCCAAACGACGGAGAUGAGGCCAAUCAAGAUACAUCUUCGACAGGCACUGCAUCAGAAGAAUUGAAAGAUAUUAUGCGCGGUGCAACUGACGACCAGGAUGAUGAGUGGUCUAGCAGUGGUUCGGAAGAAGUCGUCAAGCCUCAGCCAAGAUCUCCAGCAUCGCGCAAGGCGCAUGAAGACAGCUUCUGCCCGCCUUGGAUGCCGCUGCCCACGGAGGAGGAACGACAGAGAAAUCAGAAGUUGGUGCAGGAAGAUCCACAAGCUGCUGUUGACUACUUGAUGGAACUCGUUAAGAAAAGUGACAAGCUCGGGCUUGAAUGGAAGCAAAAAGAAGAGGCGAAAAAACGUCUGGAGAGUGCUUCUCAGCCACUUGCUUCAACUUCUGAGAAGGACUUAUUGAAUGGCAAAGGCUUGGAUGGCUUCGAUAAGUUUUCUGAGGCUGAUUUGAAAAUUGCGACUGAGGAGGAGGGAAACUCUUCUACCAAAAAGGGUCAAAAGAAGUCUGCCCCACGCAGAAAGAUGGCGGCGAAUUUUGGUGGCAUGAAGAAGUAA